UUCGGAAGGCCUCCAACAGAUCUGCACACUAACAUAUUUCAGGACGGUCAGUCAGUGAUACAGAGAUAAAAUUUUCAUUCAAGGAUUUUUCUCGCAAGUGACUGCUGUAAAUUUCGUAGGAUUAUUGGUUUGCUCAUUCUAUUUCACUGGGUAUAUGUUCUAUAUGGAAAAGUUGUUUGAAAUGGUGAUCCUAAUAACAAUUAUUUUUGUAUUUCUUAGCUUUGCUUCAGCUCUACAACUAGAAGGGCUUUCCACAAAAAAACCGAGAAUUACGAAGUAUACAUUUAAACCAACCGUAAGUUCUGCUACAGCAGUUCCGUCUUCAUUGUCACUUUACCGACUAAAUGGAACUAGUGGGACAACAUGCAUCUUGAUACAAACCGAUGGUCUUCUCAGUAUCCAAUAUCGUGAUAAAUAUGGCGAGGAUAAGGAGGCUGACACAUUUAUGCCUGACCAAAUGGACAUUUCUGGGGAAUGCUGGGAGGAUGAAUCCAAAAUCACGCUUGGUUGGAAGGGUUUUUUGUUGAACAUAUAUUUUUCAAAGACUCCAGGAGGAGAGAGGUGGUAUGUCAAUAGUAUAGACAUAUCGUAUUCAUCUUCAAAUAAUAUAUUUGAACACAUCGAUCGCCCUGGAUUGGACGUUAAGCUAUCCACAUCUCCAGGAACACUGUUAUUCCCAACACCAGUUGGUAAAUCUUAUACGUGUGAUCAAGAAGUCGUCAUCACAAUGUUUUCACAGGAUGAAAAUGACAAAUCUGGUCACUUAGCUAAACUUUUUUUGAGAGAACUAAGAAUGCAAAGCUUCAUGUAUAAAUCGUCCAACUUAUGGGGACCAACAUUUCAAUGUAGUGCUACAGGCACAUAUCGUGAUGAGACCGCACCUAUCGCUGUUGGUUCUACGUUAGCUGUUGCUACUGUGUGCACUGUUGUUGGAUAUGGACUGUGGAGAUAUUUCAAGGUUAAAAAAUUUCAAUAUGGAACAAUGGCUUAAGCUGAUGUGAAUUCUUGGAAAUACUAUUAGGAUACUAUCGAAUGCGGCCAAAUUCGUCUUAGCCAGUUCCUAUUGGAUUAGACAUUUCGUUGGCUCAUUGGCUGUUAUCAGACUAUUACACAUAGGAACUGGUUAAAUGUCAGCUGUCACGGCAAUCUUUCCAAUACAUACAUAAACAACUAUAUCGUAUCGUCCUUAUACGAAUUCGUUAAUUUAGAAGUAAACUACAGUAAUAAGAUUAUAAAUAUUUACUGAUCUAGUGCGUAACUUGUUGUAAUGGUGCGAAACCUUAAAAUGAGAAACAUUGCGAAAAAAUAAGUCUUCCAUUUUUAUUUAAAAAAUGUUAGUAAAUAAUGAUGAUGCAAUUAGUAUAGUCAAGCUUUAUCAUGUAGUACGCGAACGUUACAAGUUAUAAAAAUAAUUGAAUGUUUUGUUUCAUCACACUGAAACAUUGUAAAUAAUAUCAAGUCAUUUUCUACUAUAUUGUAAAUGUGUAAAAUACUACACUAAUCAGUAUUUUGAAUUCCAUGUUUAAAUCCUCGUGCACUUUAUCUGAAUAUAACAAAUUUAUUUCGAAUU